CCCAAAGCGGCGAUGCGGCUCAGACCCCAGAAACCCAUGUACAUCAAAAUACGCAAACCCGGACCCAAAAGCGCGAGCCGAAGGAUGGCAGUUUCUGGGUAGAGGCGGAUCGAAGCGAGCCUUUAACGUUUCCGCCCCUUUUCAUACCGUACCCCUCGAUACUCCUUGCAUCAUCGUCAACCAGUACCUUGAUGGCCCUAUCCUUCUCGUUUCUCUUCUCAUUGCAUUGUUGGCCGGUCAGAUCUAGCGAUGUUUAAAUGUGUUGAUGCGCCUUGGCGUCCUGCAUCAGUGACGUCUGAGCUCGGACGAUGCAAGAUUGUCAACCCAAUUGUCGAACCUACAAACAUCCACUGUGAGCAGGGUGCGAAUCUCGAAUCGAGGCAUGGACCCCUCUCAUCAUUGUCUCCCUUGGCCCUUCCCAAAACCCCUGCCUCCCACUGAGUUAUGCCUACCCCGGUUUGGUUCCGAUCGAGCCCCAUCGGUUUGCCAAGAUGGUUUCAAACUCCUUGGGAGCCCCAGGCGUUUUUCUCGGCUGUGGCUUCUUAUUCGUGGCGGUCUCGAUCCCCGGUUUCUCCACGUCCGCCAACCCUCCAUCAAGAAGAUCGACGAGGCCAGGCAAUGCUAGUUUCGUUCAAGACAAAAGGUUGGAUCAUGUUGGCAGACGCUGCGGGCGCUGUGACGACUUGGCUGAUGAUGCCUUUGCUAUGCUUUGCACACGGGCGUCCAUAGCAGUUCCUGUCGCUGUUACGUGUAGUACCGUCCGCUGCCAGGACCACUCGAUGGUUGACGGGCCGGUGGCUUCAAAGGUGUUGCCGUUCGUGGGGGUUAGUUAGGGGAGGA